CUACUCCAACGCACCCAAAAAUAGGCCCUGAUAAUUCCAAAAAAACACCACUCAUUUUGGAAGUUUUUCUUGGUACAGUUCAAGCAAAAUCUGGUAAAAAGAAAUUUCAUUUACGAAACUUUUAGUUCACUACACAACCAUGCUUAUAGUCAUUUCACUGUGUGGCAAACGUGAGAUAGUUUGGAAUCAUGGAGUCAGCGAUAUUUGCUGCGACUUUCUGUAUUUUGAUGCUGUUUGUCUCCAGGAGUCAUGUCAAUGGAAACGGGCUUUUGUUCCCGUUUGGCGCUGCAGAAGGAGACUCAUUUCUUUCCCAAAGUGACGAUGCAAGUUCAGGGGCGAUUCCAAUUACCAUCCCAUUCCCUUUUUUCGAUCAUAGCCACGACGCUCUCUUUGUAAACACAAAUGGUGUCGUAUCCUUCCUCAUCCCAGUCUCCCAGUAUACCCUGACACCAUUUCCACUUGAUGGUGACCGACGACUGGUGGCGGUAUUCUGGGCUGACGUGGAUAUUAGCCAUGGAGGCAGCGUGUCUUACCGUAAACUCCACCGUACUCCAAGCAAUGAAGAGCUAUUUGGCCAGGCAGAUGGUAUCAUCAGACAGGCUUUUAUCGACCAGUCGAAGUUUUCAUCAUCCUGGAUGUUCAUCGCGACAUGGGAUGAAGUGCCUUUUUUUGGAGCCAGUGGAGAAGCCCUUCAAAUAACAAACACAUUUCAGGCUCUGUUAGUGACCAAUGGGAGACAUUCCUUUGCAAUUUACAACUAUGAAGACAUUCGCUGGACGACCGGCACAGCAAGCGGUGGAGACAGCUCAAACGGACUGGGCGGUACACCUGCUCAAGUUGGGUUUAAUGCUGGCGAUGGCUUCACAUUCUUCGGUGUCCCUGAAUCAAGGACGGACGCUAUCGUUGAUAUCGAUCAAGAUUCGAAUAUCGGCACUAGGGGGCGCUUUCUAUUUCGGAUUGACAGCAGCGAAAUCGUCGACUCCGGUUGCAAUUCUGAAGGAUCGCUAGCUGUCUUCCCCAUUUCUGGCUCAAUGCUCGGUGGAGACAUUGUCCUCAUUUCUGGACCGUGUCUCGACGAAUCCUCCACAAUCGUGUGCCGAUUCGCUGACGUUGAAGUACCCGGACAGGUGGUUUCUAACACCACAGCCAGAUGCGUCAGCCCACUAGUAUUUGAAGUCGGUCGUCUGCCACUGAGAAUGUCGACUAAUGGUGGCAAUUCUUUCAAUUUCACCGGAAUAUUCACCUACCUGAGUCCGGAGGAUAUCACUCCAAGUGUCAAACGAUUGGAGGCAACCGAUUGGAUGAACGAGAAAGAGCUGACGAUCACGUGGGAUACUGAGCUAUUAAGAGACUACGUGACAAAUGUUAGUAUCUCUGUCUAUGGUUACGAGGAGGAUUUGGCCACAGGAGAGGCGAAGCUGCCAUUUGUGUACAGCCUGUAUGGUAUCAACGAAGAACAAACAGUGCCGUAUAGCGCGGGUCGGUUCAGUUUCAUCCGGCCUCGUGCACCGAGUGGCGCCCAGUACACGGUGGGAGCUAUCCGUGUAUCUCAAUAUGUACAAGGGCAAGAUGAAGCGGAACAGACUCUACCAGGGAUGUGGAGUGAUAUCCACAACCUCCACUGGCUCUAUCCAGUCCCUGACCCUUCAGCAUGGUGCGAUGGUUGGGCGGAGGAGGCUAGAUCGGACUUGGACUUCCUUGAAGUGACUGAGCCGUGCCCCUGCACGCUGACCCAGGCUCUGGUAGAUGUUGGUCGGUUCAGUGAGCACCCGCUCUGCUAUUCUCCAGAAAGCUGUGAGAUGUCCAAGCCUGGUGCCGUGUACUGCGUAAGAGCCGAUACAGUCAGUGAAUUUGGAGGUGGACAAGAGUGUUGCUAUGGCAGCGAUGACAAUAUUCUUGACGUAGCCAGGUCUGCCGGCAGUGGUUUUGCACAGCGAAGACAUCAUGGGGGUGUUGCACCAUAUAAGGUCGCCGGUCGUGUUCCCUACCUCUCCCACUGGUUUUGGGAUAUUCUACCGAUGGAGCACUGCUGUAUAUACUCACAGUUGUUUUGUCAAGUGUACAAACGUGUGCGUCCUUCCCAAACCUGCGAAGACUACCAGCCACCUCAGCCUGCCAUUGGUACUGGAGAUACCCACCUCUUCACCCUGGAUGGGACAGAGUACGCGUUCAAUGGUGUGGGUGUGUACACCUUGCUAGAGACGUGUGGUGGACUGCUGGAGCUUCAAGCGAGAAUGGCCGUCUUACAGCAAGGUGAUAGAGCCACCAAGAUAACAGCACUGGCGGGCCUUCACCGGGACAAAUCGGACCAGAUUCAUGUUGAAGUCAGUGAGCGACGGGGCAUUGAUGUGUGGUUUCGACAAGGGAACGACAGUGAGUGGACAAUGAUAGAAUUUGAAGGCACACAGAUCAGACGGGUCGAGUUAGAAGGUGUGGCGGUCUUCUACCGGGAUGUAAACAACUCGGGCGUGAUGACCAAGAACAUCCAUGUGAAUUUCAAAUGUGGAGUGUCGUUAGUCGUUUCAACUACGUCCGGGUUGCUCAACGUGUUCACUUCACUGCAGAAGGAACUGAAAGGGCGCACCAGAGGGUUGUAUGGUAACUGGAAUGGAGAGAAAAAUGACGACUUCGAAAGACCAGAUGGAACCAUCCUUCCUGCUAAUGCCACCAUGCAAGACGUACACCAAGAAUUUGGUCCAAAAUGGCAAAUCAAGCCAGAGGAUUCCCUGUUCAGAUAUCCCAGAGGCAAGGGUCCUUCAGAUUACACCGAUGUGACAUUUGUUCCACUUUUCUGGUCACCGAGUGACGUCAUAAUUGACGAAAGCGCUCUACGGAUUUGCGGCAAUGACACUGUAUGCGCCUUUAACUUUGUCGUGACUGGAAACGAAGACAUCGCUAGGGCCACCAAGGAAGCGGUGGAUAGCUACAAAACUGCCGUCAAAAGUGCAGCACUAGUUAUAUGUGGCGCCCUUCGUGUACCUACCAACGGCCAGAAGGAAGUGUCUCGUGGCAGCGUGGGCGGAGUAGCCAGCUUCACCUGCGAUGAUGGAUACAUCUUGCAAAGGGAAAGUGAACUCGUGUGCCAAGAGAACGGAACAUGGAGCGGGGAAGUUCCCAUUUGUGCUCCAGUGACCUGUGACGGUCUUAUGGAACCAGCCAACGGCCAGGUGGAGGUAUCAAGUAACAAUGUGGGUGGAGUAGCCAGGUUUACCUGCGAUGAUGGGUACACCUUGCGAGGCAACAGUGAACUCGUGUGCCAAGAGAAUGGCACAUGGAGCUGGGAAGUCCCCACCUGUGUUCCAGUGACCUGUGACGCUCUUAUGGAACCAGCCAACGGCCAGAAGCGGGUAUCAAGUAACAAUGUGGGCGGAGUAGCCAGGUUCACCUGCGAUGAUGGGUACACCUUGCGAGGCAACAGUGAACUCGUGUGCCAAGAGAACGGCACAUGGAGCUGGGAAGUACCCACCUGUGUUCCAGUGACCUGUGACGCUCUUAUGGAACCAGCCAACGGCCAUAUGGAGGCAUCAAGUAACAGUGUGGGCGGAGUAGCCAGCUUCACAUGUGAUGAUGGAUACACCUUGCAUAACUCGCAAGGCUUGCAGGGGGACAGUGAAAUCGUAUGCCAAGAUAACGGCACAUGGAGCAGGGAAGUCCCAUCGUGCUUGCCUCGGAGCAAUGGCGGCCUGACAGGCUUAGAAUCUUGGAAGCUGGGACUGAUAAUCGGUGGUUCAUGCUUGCUGCUGCUUAUCGUAGUAGUUGCAGGGAUAUCCUACACAAUGUAUAGGAAAUCCAGGAAAUAUGCGUUUACUCUUCCACGCCCGAGCGAGCACUUUGCAGAGAGUACCUUGUAAAUUUGCCGCCAAAAUUCCAAUCCUAACCAGUUGGAGACUGGUGGAAUCCGCGGCUAACGAGUCAGGUUUUUUUUUAAAUUAAAUCGCUUAUCACUUAUUUUGUGCUUUCGUAUUUGCUGGUAAUUCUAUUAUUGUGUGAAGGAUAUUUUUUUAUGUGUGAAAGGUUUCCUACCUAGCUUUAUAUAAUAGUUAAAAAUGAGAAAUUUGCAAGGUGCCAUGAUUUACACCAAACAAGGCGGCCUCAUUAAUUGGAACUCAAACUCGAAUUCUGAUCAAGUGUUAGAAGGAACGUUUACUUCCAACCAGUCCACGAAUUUGUUGCCAUGCACCGGUGAUUUAUAUACCUAUAUUCCUAUCAUAUCAGCCCCAUGAGUGCCACCCGUGCUCAAAGUGGCAUGUAGUCUCUUCCCACGAAUUCAAUACUCUCUUGUUCCCAAAAGCUCCAAAUGGCACACGGCAAUAACGCGUGCAACUGAAAUGUAAACAGCGCCCUCACUUUUGACAUCGGCCUCUGAUUGGACGGGGAAAAAAACAGAAAACCAGACAUGGCCGACGCUUCUGAAAUUCUCGACGAAAUUUUCGCGGAUAGCGGUUCAGAAAUAUUCUCUGAUGACCAUUCCUCCUUAUCCACAUCAGAAGAAAGCGAUGACGAGUUGGUGGCAACCUCUUCGAAGUCAUCGGACAAGCCGAACUUAGUUAAAUUAUAGGUUCCUAAACUUUUCAACUAUAGGCCCUAACUUUUUAACACGGUGCAGAGAGCCUCCAAUAUUUUGCAUAACCACAGGCUACUCCUUUGGAUGUACUUUAUAGAGAAAGUUAUCUGGCAUUUGUCAGUUUCACUUAAUCCGAUUUUGCUAUGCUAGGAAAAGAAAUAAUUAAAAUCAGGAAUAUAUUUCGCCCCUCAAAAUAAUGUGCGGUACCAAUGCAGAGUCAAUUGGGGGGUCAGACAAGUCGACCGUUGAGACAACUCGACUCGGGACAACUCGACCGUAUGUGCGAUAAAUGGAAAAGACAAGUCGACCGUUGAGACAAGUCGCCU